CUCGGACUUCAGUAGGCGUCUGUACGGCGGCGUGGGUGGAUGGCUGGUAGAUCUGGGGCUCGGAGUUUCAUCGCGUCGCACUGCUAGAAAGCACCGAGGUCUAAAGGCAGUUAUGGAAGCUUCUGAGCCUGCUGAGCUGCAGGUCAUAAAGAGCCAUUAUGAGAAAGCGUUCGAAUGCCUCGAUGCGGGUCUGCUGGAGGACAAAGCAGGGAACAAAGGCCGAGCUGUGGUGUUGUACCGCCUGGGCCGCCGCCAUCUCCUCCAGGGCCUGGAGGUGGCCACCCGUGGGGAGCACUGUGCAGGAGCCGAUUGGGACUGUGCCCGGCAGAUGCAGCUGAAGAUGAACGAGACCCUGAGCAGCAUCACCACUCGGCUGGCUGUGCUGGAGACCGCGUGCCAGGGGGCGUCAGGGGCCCAACCACUCUAUCCAAGCCUGCCUGUCCUGCAGCAGCCGCAGAGACCAGCCAGAAGACCCAUUCUUAACAGCAGGCUCUCCCCAACAGCUUCUGGAGGUGUUCCUUUUCUGCCAAGCUCUCCAGUCACCGCCUCUGAUGUGCCCAGCGAGCUGCCGCCGGCCUACACCCCUCAGCCCACAGAUGGGCACUUCUCUCUUUCUCACAGUGAAGGGAAAGACUGGCCUUCACUGCCAAGACCAAAGCAGAUCUCCCGCCAUCAGAGCUUGAAUGAAGGUGGAGAGGAUCUGUUAUUCCUGCCAUAUGGAGUACAGAUUUUCUUCGUAACAGCCGACGGCCAGGUCAGCGCUCCUUCAUACCCGGGGUACCUUCGCAUCAUCCUGAACGACAGACAGCGUCAUCGUGACAGCAAUGAUAUCAGUGAUAUCAGGCAACCUCCUGCUUACCUACAGGUGUGUGACUGGCACUACCCACUGUUUCCAGACUCACCAGUCCUGCUUAGCAACACAGGUGUGUUUACAUUCCCUGAUACCACAGCAGCGGUGCCAGGGUCGUACGUCGGAGUGGUGCUGUCCUCGGAGCUGUCCGCAACAGACAGAGCUCUUUUCCAGGAGCACCUCUCCGUGCUCACACAGCUCAGAGUGCAGGCUGCAGAUGAUGAAGCAGGUGAGCCUACAGGCACCGACGUCGUUAACCUGAAUGAGAAGGCUCCCAUCAGCCCCUCCAGCGACACAGCCACGGCAAUGGACACAUCUCCAGGAAAAGAGGAGAACAUCUUGCCUGAAUGGAGUGAGAAGAUGUCGCAGAGCAUCCUAGCAGGGGCUUCGUGGCUCAGUCGUGGGCUCGUACAGGGAGCGGAGGUCACAGGCAAAGCCAUCCACAAAGGAGCCAGCAAAUUGCGUGAACACAUCACCCCAGAGGAGACGCCAGCAGAGGUCAGCCCCAGGGUCACCAGGGGCCUAUAUGUAGCCAAGCAAGCCACAGGAGGUGCCGUCAAAGUCAGUAAUUUUUUGGUUGACGGCCUCUCCUCUGUGGUGGAGCUUGUUGGGAAGGAGCUGGCGCCUCACGUAAAGAAGCACGGCAGCAAACUGAUCCCGGAGUCUUUAAAGAAGAAUAAAGACGCCUGCACCAACAUGGGCGGAGCCAAGGUGGUGGCUGCUAGUAGCUUAAAAGGUCUGUCGACCCUAUGGUCAGGUUUGGAGACGGCGGCUAAGACGAUUGGUAAAAGCGCGAGCUCAGAGACCGUCCUUACCGUCAAGCACAAGUAUGGGGAGGAAGCCGGCCAGGCUACAGACACUGCUGUCCAGUCGGUGGUCGACGUGGGCGUUACGGCCUUCAACAUGGACAACAUUGCUGUCAAGGCUGUACUGAAAGGUGCAGGCAAGCAGACCUCAAAAGCCUUAGCUGAAGAGGACGAGACCAUGGAGCCAGAGAAGGCGGCUAAAAGAAAGGAGCAGGAGAAAAAAUAAGCUUCUCUCUAUCACAGGCCGUUUGCACCUUAUCUGGGAUUAAUGGUCAUGACAAAAAUGUGCUGCAUAUGAAGAAAAGCAUUUUACAGGCUAUUUAAUCUAAUAAUGUAUCAAGAAUAAUUUGGAGAAGUGGGAUCUUUUUACAUUAAACUAAAAGAUUUACUCAUGUGGUCACUAACCAAAUAUCUCAUUGGACCUAUUUUAAUAAGAUCUGAUCUGUUUUACAUUCUGUUCUUUAUAUGAAGUUCAGUGUACGGUAUGUAUAAUGACUUUUUAAUCACAAUAAUAUACUGUUCAGAGAAAAUUCUUCUAUAUUUUCAUAUUUUAUUCCAUGCUGUCAGUGUAACCAGAGCUGAAUAAUUCAGUAUUAUUGGCUCCAAAUAUAAUUAAUGUAACAGUACUGUAAAAUAAAGUGGACAUUCCACUGCA